AACUCCCUUGUAAAACGCGGGUUGAGGGCAAUCGUAAUCUGAGGUUAUUGUUUCUGGGACGCAUGCGUUAACGUUGCUGCCUCUUGUGUUUCCAUUGUUGUUCUCUGUUGUGUUCUCCAGCACCUUGAUGAUCAACAGAAUUUCAGUUUUAAUGCUCAAACAACGUUUCUUGUUAAUCUGAUGAACCAUGAUUUUUUAGCUACCAACUUGUCUGUAAGGUGCCAAAAAGGGUCAAGGCAUUGGAUUCGACAUCUUGGCCCUGGAAUUGAUUCGUUUUACCGGAAGAACAGUUUUUGGUAUCAUUAUUUAUUCUUGUGAUAUAUGGGGAUUUCCUCUGACAACGUAACUGGGCUUGUUCUGGCUGUCUCUUCCAGCGUUUUUAUUGGCUCUAGCUUUAUAAUUAAAAAGAUGGGGCUAAAAAAAGCUGGUGCCACUGGGAAAAGUGCAGCCUCUGGAGGGCAUGCAUACCUAUAUGAACCUUGGUGGUGGGUUGGAAUGAUCUCAAUGAUCGUUGGGGAAAUAGCCAAUUUUGCUGCAUAUGCAUUUGCUCCUGCUCUACUUGUAACUCCUCUAGGAGCUUUAAGCAUCAUUUUCAGUGCAGUACUAGCUCACUUUAUCUUAAAAGAGAGAUUGCACAUCUUUGGUGUGCUUGGAUGUGUUCUCUGUAUGGUGGGAUCUACAACUAUUGUUUUGCAUGCUCCGCAUGAAAGAAUUAUUCACUCUGUUAAGGAAGUGUGGCAUCUUGCUACCGAACCAGGUUUUAUUAUCUACAGUUGUGCAGUUGUGAUUCUGGUUGCUGUUCUCAUUUUCUAUUUUGUUCCACAGUAUGGGCAGACCCAUAUGAUCAUAUAUGUUGGAAUUUGUUCUCUCACAGGCUCACUUACGGUUAUGGCAGUGAAAGCAGUCGGAAUAGCUUUGAAGCUUACAUUUGAAGGCACAAAUCAAUUCACAUACUUCCAGACCUGGUUCUUUACAGUGGUUGUGAUAGGAUUUUGUCUUUUGCAGAUUAACUACUUGAACAAGGCUUUGGACACCUUUAACACAGCAGUUGUGUCACCAGUUUACUAUGUGAUGUUUACAUCACUUACAAUCUUUGCCAGCAUAAUCAUGUUUAAGGACUGGGACUCACAAAAUGCAUCACAAAUUGCUACUGAGUUAUGUGGCUUUGUCACAAUUUUAUCUGGGACCUUUCUCCUUCACAAAACUAAAGAGGAAGAGAGAAUGAAUUGCAGGAGGCUAGAAUGGAAGAAGAGGGUUGACGAGAUGCUAAAUCAGCACCGAGCAGAAAUGGGCCAGAUGCAGACUCGUAUUUCUCAUGAGCAACAAAAUCUUACCAGCCAAUUGCUUGGUAUAUUCUCACAGUGGACUGCUCAACCUGCUGGCCUAUCUGAUCAUACUAGUGCUAGCAACCAUUAUAUUUCACAAAUGAUGCAAAAUUUGCAUCAUGUAAAUGGUAUUGUUCAUGGAGAUACUAGGGUUGAGGGGGAUAAUCAUGAAGAUCAAUUCAUUGUUGAUGGGUGAUGUAUCUCUGCCAUUUUGUGCGUUUAUACUGGGGUGUCCAGGAACUUUCUGUUACAAGAAGUGGCGUAAAGUGCACAUAACUGUUGAAUGCAUUCUUAACUGUACUCUCUUCAAUUAGGUAUGAUUGUAUACUGUGUCUAGUUUUUAAUAAUUUUAUGCAACUAAUCUAUAUAAAUAAUGCAUUUUGUUCCUUGUUUUCAUCUGAACUGAAAUAUGAAACUGUGAGUGUAAAGGUCCCAUUUUUUGUCCAAUACAUUUUUUUAAUGCUUCUAUUCAAACUAUCUAUUAAGUGAAUCCUCUAAUAUGUACGUACAUUCAAAAAGGAAUUUUUUGUUUGUUCUUUAAUGUGCAAUCCAUCUCAUUGUUAUGCUAA